CAAAGGAGAGUCAGCCAUCUGAAGGGGUCGGGCUCUGUAAGCACUGCAGAGGACGCAGAGGGUCAGACACGUCCUAUUUUUCAUCAUGCCGAGAAAAAGUGACGCGGCUAAAAUGGAAGAAGUUGGGAUCGAGAUAGACGGGGAUUUAAGUGAAAGUGACGGUGAGAGGCAGGCUGGAGGAAGAGGAGGCGCAAAGGGACGAGGACGAGGCAAAAAACCUGCUAGCGACGAUGAGGAUGAGGAUGAGGAAGACGAAGCUCCCAGGGGGCGGAGGGGAGCAAACAGGAAGAAGCCGGCCAAGAAACGCGGUGGUGAUGAUGAGGAUGAGAGUGAGGAUGAGCCUCCCAAGAGGAAGCGAGGAGGAGCAGCCAAUAAGAAGAAAGGAGGCAAAGCCCAGGACAGUGAUGAUGACGACAGUGAUGUGGGGAAAGGAAAGAAGGGAAAGAAGGGAGGAGGGAGGAAAGGAAAGAAGGAGGAAGAGGAAGAGGAGACUAAGGGUAAGAAGGGUGAUGGCAAAGGGAAAGGGAAGGACAAGGGCAAAGACAAGGAUGAUGACAAGGACAAGAAGAAGAAGAAGAAAAAGGGUGACAGUUCAUCAGAUUCCAGUUCCAACUCGAGUGAGGAAGAGGAGUCCAUGUCAGAGGGAGAGAUGGCUCGGUUGAUGGAGGAGGUGGAGGAGAAGAAGAAACUAAUCGCCAACAUCAGGAAUAAACCAUGGAGGAUGCAGCGGCGGCUCAAACACCUAAAAGAGGCUCAAGAAUUUGUGGAUAAGUUUGAAGGAGCUUUGGGGAAAGGGAAAGGCCGGAAGUGGUAUGCCUACAAAGUGAUGAUGACAAAGAAAUGGAUCAAGUUUCAGAGGGAUUUUGAAAAUUUCAGAACAGCGUGCAUCCCCUGGGAGAGGAAGAUCAAGGAGGUGGAAAGCCACUUUGGGUCAUCUGUUGCAUCUUACUUUAUCUUCCUGCGAUGGAUGUAUGGCAUGAACCUCGUGCUUUUUGGCUUCACCUUUGGACUUGUGGUUAUCCCUGAGGUCCUGAUGGGUCUUCCCUAUGGGUCUAUUCCCAGGAAGACUGUACCCAGAGCAGAGCAGGAUACUGCUCAAGACUACUCUGUCCUCAUGGACUUCAAUGGGUACUGCAAAUAUUCAGUGCUGUUCUACGGAUAUUACAACAACCAGAGGACCAUCGGUGUGCUGAAGUUCAGGUUACCUUUGUCCUAUCUCAUGGUCGGCAUCGGCACCUUCGGUUACAGCCUGAUGCUUGUGAUCCGCACAAUGGCCAAAAAUGCUGAUGUUGGUGGUGGAGACGGGGAGGAUUCAGACUUCACCUUCGCCUGGAAGAUGUUCACCAGCUGGGAUUACCUCAUUGGCAAUGCAGAGACCGCUGACAACAAGUAUGCCUCCAUCACCACCAGUUUCAAGGAGUCCAUUGUGGACGAGCAGGAGAACCAGAAGGACGAGAACAUCCAUCUGCGCAGGUUCCUCAGAGUCCUUGCUAACUUCCUGAUCACCUGUAGCCUCGGUGGCAGUGGGUACCUCAUCUACUUUGUGGUGAAGAGAUCUCAGGAGUUCGCCACAAGGGACGACCUCAGCUGGUACGAGAAGAAUGAGAUGGAGAUCGUCAUGUCUCUUCUGGGGCUGGUGUGUCCACCUCUGUUUGAGACCAUUGCUGAGCUGGAGGACUACCACCCUCGGAUUGCCCUCAAAUGGCAGCUCGGACGCAUCUUUGCCCUCUUCCUCGGAAACCUCUACACGUUUCUGUUCGCCCUGUUUGAUGAGGUCAACACCAAGCUGGAGGAAGAGCAGGCCAUAAAGAACGCCUCCAUCUGGGCCAUGAAGGAGUACUACGCUAACUACUCACGUCUGAUGAAUGACUCGGAGGCCACCCCACCUCCAAUGGACCCAGCUGAUGUCAUUAGAGGACCCUGCUGGGAGACUGCAGUGGGCAUUGAGUUUGUGAAGCUGACUGUGUCAGACAUCCAGGUGUCCUACCUGACCAUCCUGAUUGGUGACUUUGCCCGAGCCGUGAUUGUGCGUUUCCUCAACUAUUGCUGGUGCUGGGACCUGGAGGCUGGAUUUCCAUCAUAUGGUGAGUUUGACAUCAGUGGCAAUGUUCUUGGAUUGGUCUUCAAUCAAGGCAUGAUUUGGAUGGGAGCAUUUUAUGCUCCUGGGCUGGUGGGCAUCAAUGUGCUCCGCCUCCUCAGCUCCAUGUACUAUCAGUGUUGGGCUGUGAUGGCCACUAACGUCCCCCACGAGAGAGUCUUCAAGGCCUCCAAGUCCAACAACUUCUACAUGGGUCUCCUGCUCCUCGUGCUCUUCCUCAGCCUGCUACCUGUUGUCUACACUAUCAUGACGCUGCCACCUUCAUUUGACUGUGGGCCUUUCAGUGGAAAGGACAAGAUGUUUGACGUGGUCAUGGAGACGAUUGACCUGGACCUGCCGGCUUUCAUGGGGACGCUCUUUAGCUAUGCAGCUAACCCCGGUCUCAUUAUACCAGCUGUACUCCUCAUGGUGCUCGCCAUCUAUUAUUUGAACUCAGUAUCUGAAGCAUACCAAAACUCCAACAUGGAGCUGAAGAAAAAGAUGAAGAUGGCUCGCGACGAGGAGAAGAAUCGUCGGAACAAUGCAGACACCACCAACCAGGUCAUGAAAGACCUGGAGGACCUGCUGCCGAACCGAUCCCUCAUUCCCCCUGAUCCACCAGAGCCUGAAAAACUGCCGGAGCCAGAACCAAAACCAACAAAGACAAAGCCCGGGUCAGCCGGCAAAGGUGUUAACCUGCAGAAAGAUGUGGCUCUUGCAUCGCCCAAUCCUAAUGCUCGAGCGCCAGUAAGCAGGCCACCUGGACCCAGAGGACCUGGACCCGGUCGAGGCCGUGGGAGAGGGCCACCUCCGAGAUAACAGCGAAAGAAACUAAUGUUCCUGUAGGUUGUUUUCAUUCCUCAGUCUUUCUAAAUUUCACUGAAGACUUUAUUAACAGCUCCUUGAAGUCAGCUGGAAAGAAUUUUUGGAUAUUUUUAUCCUAUAAACUGUAACCCACAGUACAGUCCAUCUAUGUUUCUGCUCAGUAGCUAAACUGCAACCAUAUUUAGCCCUUUUAGCCAAAUGUAUGGCCCAAACGGGACAUCUCUUGGUCAAUAGCUUCUGUCUAAACUUGAAAUAUCUGACAUGGCAUUGUUGGUGCCAGGUCUAGAUCAUAAUAAUACAAAGACAGGGAGAGAAAAAAUGGUGAAAGUCAAAUAAAGAAAGCUAAAGUUCAUCAUCCUGCAUUUUUAAGUAGAUGUGGUGAAAGAUAAAUAGGCAGCCAAAUUGUUUCUGAUUGGCUGGAAAAUUAUAAUAUAUAAACACUCAGGUGCAACUUAGUUCAACUUAACAACUGUAAGGGCACAUAAACUAUUAAACUAGAUAGAAGUAGCCAUAUUAGUAGUCACUGAUUUAAUUUCACUAUGUUAAUAAUGUUAAAAUAAUGUGAUAAUUUUGAAGAUAACCUACCUACAACCUAGAUAUACAUCCAUUUACUUAAGGUAGAAACAGUGUGUGUUCAUUUUCACAUAUUUUUUCUUAUAUUUACACCAACUUUGUAUUAAUUGUAUGAGACUGACU